AUGCCCUCUAUCAAGCUAAAGAAGUCUUCUAAACGCUAUCGAAUCGAUCCAGAACUACGUCGAAGUGUCGGUCGUGCCGCUCCCGGAAGCGUUGAACGCCUUCAGUACCUCGAAGCUCUUGUUAACGAGUUGUGUGUUACCAAUCUCAUCGACUACAAGCAGCAGAUCGUCGCCAACCUUGGUAACUUUGCACACGAUCCCCGUAAUUGUCCGCAUCUUAUUAGCCUUGACGUCCAUCUUAUCUUCCUUGAAAUUGUACGUCAACAUCUCCAAAUUGCCCCAUCGGCUAGUAGCCAAAAGAAGACUGCAGCGACUUCUGCAAAACUCGUAUCUCUAGCCGUAGCAGGGUUCUGUAACCUGAUAACUAGUUCACAGAACCUGCGCCUUCGUUUCUCUCACAGCCAUCAAGAAAUCUCACCGCUCUUCACCUGCUUGCAGUCCCCCACUCUUGAAGCGGGGACUUUGGUCAACUGUCUUACUGUCUUCGUCCACCUCUGCGCUCCUGCCGUCCAUUUGCAAGAAGAAAACUGUGUCUUCUUUGAACCAAACUGCUCAACCACCGCCUUUCACACCUCUAUUCGGAGUAAUUUUCCCACUUCCCUUUCAAAUAAUUCAUCCCGACUUACGUCAACAAUGGUGGCGCCGCUGGCACCCUCCUUUGCCCCCAACACCACUGUCUUUGAACAACCAAAUAGCGCCGUGCUAUCACCAAUCAGUCGCACUGGUAGAAAGCGUAUUAGCUUAGUGAAGUGGGUGGGUGUGUGGAUGGCCCUCUCGAAGGCACGCCUAACAGGUCUGGUAGUCUCCACGGCGCUGGCCGGCUGUGCACUGGCGGCGCCUUCGCCCCUGGUCUGUGAGGCCUUUCUUGCUCAUCCCGCCGCCUCCCUCCUUGCCCUUGGGUUGGGUACCACGCUCACCUCCGCCUCUGCUAAUUCCAUCAACCAGAUCAUGGAAGUCCAAUACGACAGUUUGAUGAAGCGCACCCGAAUGCGACCUCUCGUCCGCAAAUUAAUUAGCCCAGUGGGAGCCAGCGUGUUCGCCAGUACCACAGCCACGAUGGGUCUGUCGAUACUGUACGUGAGCACAAACAGUCUCGUGGCUAGUCUGGCGGCGGGCAAUCUCCUGCUCUAUACCUGCGUAUACACUCCGCUGAAACGCAUCUCCCAGGUGAACACGUGGGUGGGCUCCCUGGUUGGCGCCAUUCCACCGCUCAUGGGCUGGGCCGCAGCCACUGGUUCUCUACAUUCGGGCUCCCUGGUGUUAGCCUGUCUGGUUUACGCCUGGCAGUUUCCCCACUUUAUGUCUCUAUCAUGGCUGGCACGACAGGAGUACGCUCACGCCGGCUACGUCAUGACAGCCAACGUGACACCGCAGCGCGCCAGAGCUGCGGCACUGCGUCACUCCCUCCUCGCCAGCCUCAUCUGCUUCCUCGGUGCCGGCGGUGCGAGUGCAGGUCAGGUGAAUUGGUGUGGAGGCCUCGUGGCGGCUCCGUUCAAUGCUAUGCUGGUGUACUACGCGCUGCGUUUCUACUCCACACCUCUAGAGAAUGCCGGGGCGGUGUGUAGUGCAGCGCGCGGUCUCUUUCGUGCGUCUUUGCUUCACCUGCCCGCGGUGAUGACUGCCCUUCUUGUCUGCUCUCAUUGUGGGUUCGCGACCGGUGCUGUUUGA